AAAAAAAAAAACCAUCGCCAGUCGCCGCCCGCGCGGAGCAUCCAUCCUCAACCUCCCAAGUUCGGCGCCCAAUCCCGGCGAUGGAGAUCGCCGACCUCCCCAUCGCCACCUCCCACCGCGCCAACCUCCUCGCCGCCGGCUACUCCUCCCUCGCCGCGCUCUCCGCCGCCUCCCCUCCCCGCCUCGCCCGAGAUUUGAGCAUUGAGGUACAUGAGGCUGAAGAAAUCCUCAAGGUUGCCGUGGGCGCCAACAAGUCCAAGGGAGCAGAUGGGCCUAGCACCAGCAGUGUUCUCAAAGGUGUGCAAAAUGCAUGGGAUAUGCUAUCUGAUGAGCAAUCACGGAGGCACAUCAAUACUGGAUCUGCUGACCUCAACAACAUCCUUGGUGGAGGGAUUCACUGUAAAGAGGUUACUGAGAUUGUUUGAUUCAGGUGGUGUCCCAGGAGUCGGUAAAACUCAACUGGGGAUUCAACUAGCAAUCAAUGUUCAAAUUCCAGUGGAGUAUGGUGGACUUGGUGGGAAAGCUGUUUAUAUAGAUACAGAGGGAAGUUUCAUGGUUGAACGUGUCUACCAAAUUGCUGAAGGGUGCAUCAGUGAUAUACUGGAGUACUUUCCACACUGCCAUGACAAGGCUCCAGCCGGACAAGAAAAACUGAAGCCUGAGAGUUUCCUGGCUGACAUCUACUACUUUCGAAUAUGCAGCUAUACUGAACAAAUUGCAGUCAUAAACUAUCUGGAAAAGUUUCUUGGGGAGCAUAAAGAUGUAAGAAUAGUUAUUAUUGACAGCGUUACUUUCCACUUUCGGCAAGAUUUUGAUGAUAUGGCACUAAGGACUAGAGUGCUUAGUGGAUUAUCAUUGAAGUUGAUGAAACUUUCAAAGGCAUAUAACUUGGCGGUUGUCUUGUUGAACCAAGUUACUACUAAAUUCACAGAAGGAUCAUUUCAGUUAACUCUUGCUCUAGGUGACAGUUGGUCCCACUCAUGCACCAAUCGACUAAUUCUGUAUUGGAACGGCAAUGAGCGGUAUGGAUUCCUGGACAAGUCCCCUUCACUACCAGUAGCAUCAGCACCAUAUGCAGUGACAGUUAAAGGGGUGAGAGAUGCUGUGAAUUCAAACAGCAAGCGAGUCCGGGUAAUGUAGCAAUCUUGGUGUUGAACCCUUUUACCAUUAGUAGCCAUCGACCGUCAUGUCUAAACUGUGCAGCAUUCUCUGAUCUUUCUAACUAAGCUGAUUGAAAUUUGGAUCAUGUGUAACGCUGUCUUAUUUGCUUCUGCCGGUAGCUAAUUGUACAAAGGUAACUGAAGCAAAAGAGGGUGCUUCAUUUUGGUUGAUCCAAACAUGUAACAGCUAACAAGUACUCUACAGGCCUGUUACAAACUUACAAACAGAAUGAUGCCGGAUGUGUUCCGAUGCCAGGAAAUUAUCCUCGUUUUUUCAUGGGCUUUGCCUUUCA